AGAGAGCUGCAGACACCUUCAGCUGCCGAGGAUCCAAAUCGGUAAAACCCUACGAACAACAAAAACUCAGCUUGACCGUAAAACGUAACAUUCUCGCCGGAAAAUCCACCUUGAGUCGGUGGUCGACCGCCAGAAACAAGUUUUCCUUUUCUUCAUUGAUCUUCUUCUGUGGCAAUGGAUUUUGAAUCAAAUUACGAUAUUGCUGCCACUUCCGAUUUCAUUCGCACUCACAAUUUCACCAGAGUUGCUUUACAAUUUCCAGAUGAUCUCCUAAAGGAUUCAACAAGAGUGGUCGCUGUUUUGCGCAAGAGACUACAAUCUUUGAGAGAAUCGGAUAUUACAGUAAGUGGGGAGGAGACAGAAAUUGGAUUGUAUGUCAUGGCUGAUACGGCCUAUGGCAGUUGUUGUGUUGAUGAAGUUGGAGCAUCACACAUUAAUGCUGACUGUGUCAUACAUUAUGGACAUACAUGUUUUAGCCCGACAACAGCUCUACCAGCAUUUUUUGUUUUUGGGAAGGCUUCCAUUGGCAUAGCUGAUUGUGUUGAAAGUAUGUUACAAUAUGCGCUGACAAAUAGCAAACCUAUCAUGGUCCUGUUUGGGUUGGAAUAUGCACAUUCAAUACAACAAAUUAGAAAAGAACUGUUAGAAUCAUCAACUUGCAAAUCUGACCUCAAGUCAGAAGUUCAUUUUGCCGAUGUUCCAUCUCCAUAUAUGUUUCCAUCAAAAGAUAUGAAAAAGUUAAGUGGGAUCCAAGAAGAAGCUUGUGGUUGUGGUAAUAAUUCCAGUUCUGAUGGGGCAAAUGGGAUUAUAUAUAACAUUGGAGGUUUGACUUGGAAAUUACCUGAGGGACAAAGCAUGGAAGACUACUCGCUCUUUUGGAUUGGACAAGAUAAUUCUGCUUUUGCAAAUGUUGUGCUCACAUUCAAUGCCUGUGAAAUAGUCAGGUAUGAUGCAACUAAGAAUCAAAUGGUGACAGACUUGUCUCAACAGAGGAGGAUUCUUAAACGUAGAUAUUACCUGGUGGAGAGGGCUAAGGAUGCUAAUAUUGUCGGGAUUUUGGUUGGAACUCUUGGAGUUGCUGGUUAUCUACACAUAAUUAAUCAGAUGAUGGAGCUUAUUACCGCGGCAGGCAAGAAAGCCUAUACUUUGGUUAUGGGAAAACCAAACCCAGCUAAACUUGCUAACUUUCCUGAGUGUGAUGUAUUCCUAUAUGUCUCUUGUGCCCAAACUGCUUUACUGGAUAGCAAAGAGUAUCUAGCUCCAGUUAUUACUCCAUUUGAAGCAACAAUUGCUUUCAACAGGGGAAGCCAGUGGACAGGAGCCUAUGUAAUGGGAUUUGGAGAUCUAAUUAAUCUCCCUCAAGUACAGGCCGGAAACCAGGAAGAAGCACGAUUUUCAUUCAUAUGGGGUGGAUAUGUAGAAGAUUUUGAAAAUCAAGAAAAUGUUGAGGAAGAAAGAGAAGAUCUUGCUUUAGCCAAUGCAACAGAGAAGGCAUUGCAGUUGCGGGACAACUGCAAUACUCUAAUCAAAGGGGAUGCUAAGUCAGGAGCAGAAUUUUUCGCAAAUCGAACUUAUCAAGGUCUGAAUAUGCCUGAAGAGAAUACCACCCCACAACCAUUUGUCACAGGAAGGAAAGGAAGGGCAGCUGUGUAUGAGGAUGAGAAUAACAAACAUUGAAAUUUAUGACAAGUGCCUCAAAGAUGUAUUCUUUGCUUUGUAUUUUGUAAUGAAUGAGAAGGGAAAGAAGAGCAUAUACAUAGAUUGUUUUCUUAGUCUAGUGAGUUAAAAUCACUCAUGUAUUUUAUUUAUUUAUUAAGAAUUAAACACGAA